UAAGUUAGUGAGUUAAUAUUUUAUUAUCGGAUUGCUUAUUUAUUUUUUUCAUACACAAAGAACGUACACACAUAAAUAAUUUUUUAUAGUAAAUCAUUAACAUAUUUUAUAUAACUAUGUUGUAUGACAACAUGCUGACGAUUUAUAAUCUGUUACUCAUAUUUAAAUUAUAAGAAUGCAAGUGAAAAUAAAUUUUUAUAACCCACAUUAAAAAAAAGUAAAUAAACAGAAUAUAAUUUUACUUCGUAAAUAUAAAAAUAUAUUUGUAUGCAAUAGUUUAAAAAAUAUAAUAUGUUUGCAUGUAUAGUAAAAGCUUUAAAAGAUAAUACACAGUAGAAAUGACCAUAAUACAAAGUGCCAGUUUUAUUCCUUAUAAAUAAAAAUUGUAAAUUAUUUCUCUGGGUGCAUAUAAAAGUUUUAGUGUUAAUACUUAAAAUAUAACAAAAAAAGAUACAUGCAUAUGUACAUAAUUUCUUAAAUGAUUCGGUAAAAAAUUAAGUAUCUAAGCAAAUUUUAUAUUCUAGAGAAACUAAAGCCAGUAAUUGCACACUUCAAUAUUUAAAGGAUAUACACAAACUUGUAGACGUUCGAUAUUAUUUAUCGCAUAAGGAUAUUCGUAACACGUAAUACAUAUUAUACCUAUAUGUGCUUCGCCAGAUUUUGGUAUUGAUUAAAUUUGAAAGACAAGAAAAGGAUUACAUGAAGCCAAAAACGGUAAUAAAAUUAUUCUCAUUUAAAAACAUUCAGAGUUAGUAAAAGCAGAGUUUGUGAACAGAAUGGGUUUUGUAACGGACUCUACAAAAAAUUCAAUACAACACGGUAAUAAUUACAUAUAAUGGCAAAUAUACCAAGACGACGUCUAAGUUCUGUUGGUGACUCAGCGCCUCCAUCCGAUUCUUCAGAAGGAACUGCGUCAGAGACAUGUGAUGUUAUAAAUCAAGAUUGGCCAAGGAGCAUAACAUCAGAUCCUACAUCAAAUCACCAGUUUCAACAUCAACAACAGAAGAAUUAUCAAAAUAAUAUAAAUAAUCAAAAUUUUACGACAAACUCAACAAAUAACAUGAGUAAUAUAAACAGCCAUAAGUUAAACCAUAAAGAACAAGAUGUUGAUGCUAUUAGUACAGCUAGUACUAUAUUAUCAGAAAAUGAACGUAAUCAAGUAGAAAGUUUCUUUGCCGGUUUAGGAACAGAAAUUUAUGUCAGUUCGUCAUUAGCUAAUUUAUAUGAAGGUAUUGGAAAAGACGAUUGGCGUUUAAUAUAUACUGGUAUACCGGUAUUAUUGCAUGAUAAAGGAUCAGCAAGAUCCCGCUCAAUACCACGCAUUACUCUGUGUCUAGCCGAACGUGGUUCAUGUUUUGCACUGUGGCGUGACAUUAUUGACAAUUCAUCACAAUAUCGCGCUGCAGGUCCGUCUUUUCAUACAAUGUCAUUAUCGUCAAACCUUAAUCAAGUAAUUGGUUUUAGUUUUGAUUCAUGUGAUGCUGCUCAUGAAUUAUGGAAAUGUAUUGAAAAAUUAAUUAAUGAUCCAGAGAAUAAAUUGUUAAACCAACCCGGUAGUAAAAGGAAAACUAAAAAAGAAAAGAAAUCGAAACCUGUACCAUUACCACCAAAAUCACAAAUAUCACACCCGUGUCAAUUUCAUCAUGUUACAAGUGUAACUAGAGAAGAUGCUGAGCGUUAUUUAUUACAAACAUUUGUUGCUGAUGCCGCUAGUGGGAGCAAUAAGCGUAGUCAGUAAAAAAAUCUUGUUUUAUUUUUGGAAAAUGAAAAUGUAAUAUGUAUGAAAUUUUUAUAUAUUAUAUACUUACACAUACACUAUACAUAAGAUUCUUUGUAUGAUUAAAAUUGCAACGAUAAAAUUUGUUUAGAAUUAAAAAAAAAAACGUACAUUAGUUAGAAAAAAAAACAAAACAAAAAAAUUAGUCAUGUAUGAAAAUUUUAGUUAUUAAAUUUAAAAAAUAUCACAGUUUUUAAGUUUAGUCAUUUUAAUUUUAAUAGAAAAAAAUCAUUAUGUAAUAUAAAAUAUAAAAAAUGUUAAAGCACCUAUAGUCGAAAACAACAAAAAUCGAGUUGUAAUUAUUCAAAUAAUACUUUAUAUUAUAUGCCAUUUAGUAUAAAACAAAUUUAUACAGUUAUUUGUAAUCUAAAAAUACCAUUUACAUUUUUAAUUAUACGAUUCAAUCAAUUGUUAUUUUUAUAUUUAAAAACCGAUUCAUAAAAUUAUGUACACAAGUGUAAGCUGUAAAAAAAUUUACAAUAAUAUCGAAAAAAAAUAGAUGUUUAAAAUAUCAGAAAAUUGUAUAAAGUGUAAAAACUAUUUUACUUGUAAUUAUACGUUUACACAAAAAACAAAGCGUAUUAUGUAUAUUUUAUUUUGUUCUUUAUUUUUCUAUAUACAAAUAUUUACAUAAUUUAUACACUAUACGUAUAUACUUAUAUAACAUGCAAAAAUACUUAUAUAAAACUGUUAAAACUAUUGUCAUUUGAAAUGACAUAUGCGUAUAAAUAAAACAAAACAAAAGUUAAUUUUGAUAAAAUAUUUUAUUUAAUAUGCAUUUUAAAAAUUGCAAAAUAAAAAAAACACAAAACUAAAUAAUCAAAAAGAAAUUCACUAAGUGAUUAAAUUCGAAAUGAAAAUUUAUUUAUAAAAUGUAUCAUAAUAAUUAAUUGUUGUAUCAUACUAAAAUAAUUAAAUCACAAUUUUACAAUAAAUAAAAUGAAAUGAAACGAUAAUAGACAAUGCAAGAUAAUAAAAUGAAAGAUUUUCACCUUAAUAAUCACCUAAAAUUUCAACAUAAAAGCUGGACUUAUUAUUUUUGCGUUAGUGCAUAAUAUUUUUUUUCAAAUUAAGUAACAAUUAUGUUAAAAUUUUAAAUUCAUUUACAUAGUUUAAAAAAAAAUCUAGAUAAGUAAAUUUAUGGGUGCUGAAAUUAUAGAUUAAUUUCUACUGAUUGUAGAAAGAAUUUUAUACAUAAUGUCUAAUUAAAAAUAAUGAGACGCACAUUCAAUCAAGAAUAUUUUAGGCAUAUAUUUGAAAGAAUUUAAAAUUAAGUUUCAAAACUUUAUUAUUCAUUCAAUGAUCGAGCCCAAGGCGAAUUUUUUUAUUUUGAAUUAUUAAGCUAGCUGAUUAUACUAAUUACAAAAGACUUUAUUUCACUAAGUUCUAUUGAGUAAAGGUCUGGCAUUUCUGAGAAGCAUUCAGUUGAUUCUAUUUUCAUUUUAAUUUGAAAAACUUGUAUAUAUAUGUAUAGACAGAGCAAUGUGUCUAUUAAUUUCUUGCACAAAAGGUUUUGAAAUCCUUGAAACACAGUUAAAAACUAAUUAACACAUUGGAGUUUAUUCUGAGAAGCACAUCAUGUGUAUUAUUCAUCAAAAAAUAAAUUAAUAUUAUUUUCGAUAUGAAACGAAAAUCAUAUUCUGGAUAGCGAUAUUUUAAAAAUCUGAAUAGCGAAGUAUUGGCAUUUUCAAUUUAAGUUACGAAGGAGUUUAAUGAUUUUAUUUAAAGUAAAAUUUACCCAUAAUAUGUUAAAAUGUGUUUUUAAGAUAUGAAGAUGGAUCAUUAAAACAAAUAUCUUUUUUGAAAUUAUAAUAUUUCGCCUAUUUUCAAAUUUUUCAUCACAAAAAAGUAUCAAAUCAAUAUUUUGCAACUAUAAAAAAUAGCAUAUCACUCGCAGCUCUGAGUACCAAAAUUUUAGUUAGGCGAUGACUUACAAGCAAAAAUAUUAAUUGAAAAUUCUCUUUCCUCAGAAUAAUAUGAACUAUGUAUUGAAAUUGUUUAAAUUUAAAUUGAAUAAAAUAAAAUGUUAAGUUUAUUUUACACAAAGACACAAACGUUACAAUAUUGUAAUAUAAUAAGCGUAAAAAUGAAAAAAAAAACAAACAAAAGAAAUAACACGUAAAUAAAUAAUUUGACUGUGAUAAAUAUAAUUAUGAGAAAUAAAGUAUAGAAAUGUAUGUUAUAUUUUGAAAUUUAUGUAAAAAUUUCAAUUAAAAAUUUUUUAUUCAAUUUUUAUUAUUAAAAUUAUAAUAAAUUGAUUAAAAAGAACAUGUACGUUUAUAGUUUACUAAAACACACACGUCUUUAUGUAAAACAUAUUAAAUUUAUACAAACCAAAAAAAACUUAUUAAAACUGUGCGAAUCAAAAACAUUUAGUCACACGUAGCAAUUCUUUUAAAUACAUAUGUACAUCAAAAACUUGUCUAAAUAUGUAAGAAUGUAACCAUAAAUUUACUAUUUACAUUAAUGUUCCAGUUUCAAUGAACUAAUUUUCACCACUUUCAGGAAAUUUUUUAUUAAUUUAAUUAUUUCACCCUCAAGGUAUCGAAAAUUAAAAAAAUACGAGCGUGCAUUCAUCAUAUCUACACAAAAUAAUAAAAUUAACACAAAAUAUAAAAUGUUUGUUCCACUACACAAAUAAAAAUCAAGUCUAAUAGUUUUCUCACGUAUAAGCAUUUGUACAUAUGUAUAUGUGCAUAUGUAUAUUAUAUCAGUAACUAGCAAUGUAAGAAAUCUGACUUAAUCCUUUUAGAAAGAUAUUAUGCGCACUUUAAAGUUACUAAAUUACGACAACUGAAAGCAACAAUGACUAAACCUUUAUAAGAUUAAGUUGUGAACGAAGUUAUUCUUUUGCAGCAAUAAAAACUUUUAAUAUACAUAUCUGAUUAAUUUAAAUACAUAUUUAAAAGUCUCUCGACAGAUACUCAUUUCUAAGCUUCGGAUGACUCAAAAUUCCAAGAUGUGAUCCAGCAUCUUACAAGAAUAUUACCGGAAACCAUUUAUUCGUUGUUAAUAAUAUUGAUUUAAUAGUACUAGAAAUUCUUAAUAUAUUAACAACUUUAGCAAAUAAUGUUUUUAAAAAGAUAUAAAUUGAAAUAUAGUCCACCUUUUUGGUUCAAAUGAAAUGCUUCGUCUGCUAAAUGUAAUCAGGUAGCAUGUUAAGUUAUCCAUAAAAAAAAUAUAAAAAAAAAUUUUUAACGAAAUAUUUUUUUUGACACAAUUUUAUUUUGUAAUU